AUGUUAGCAUCCGAGGUACCGUUAAGUGAAAGACAACAUAUGUUGCCACAUGAAGGUCAUAUUGAUGGACAUAAUACAGGAGAAGUUGUCCAUACAACAACAACGGUUAUACGAAAGAAUGUUGAUGGAAAAGAAGGUGAUCCUGACAAUAAAGGAAAAUUUAUUUCUGUUAUUCGUCCAUUAUUGGUUGAAUUGAUUGGAACAUGCUUUUUUGUUUUAAUUGGCUUAUUUGGAGUAUGCAGUGCGGGUCCAGGUGUUGUGGCCGCUGCAUUUGCAUUUGGAUUAGCACUAAUGGUAUUUGCAGCCAGUUUUGGUCAUAUAAGUGGUGUUCAUUUUAAUCCGUCUGUAACACUUGGUGUCUUAUUAGCUGGUGAAGUUCAACCAGUAAUGGCUGUUUUAUAUUUUGUUAUGCAACUUUUGGGUGGCAUAGCUGCAGGCGGUAUCGCUAAAAUGCUCUUACGAGAUGGAGUUUAUGCAAGAUGCAGAGGAGGAGCUACAGUGUUAAGUACAUAUGUAGCUUUUAACCACACGCUUCCCGAUAAUAAUAUCGUCUUUUAUACCGAAGAUACAGUAAAAUGGUGGGAGGGAAUAUUAAUUGAAUUACUUGUUACAUUCGUAUUUAUUACAAUUAUAUUGAUGGUUGCAUUAGAUACAAAGUCGAAAACUGGUCUUGCUCCAGUAUUGAUAGGAUUUACACUUGUUGCAUGUAUCUUAGCAGCUGGUGCAUUUACAGGCGGUUCAUUAAAUCCAGCACGUUCAUUAGGUCCAGCAAUAUUUGCAAAUGAAUGGAAAGAUCAUUAUGUUUAUUGGGUUGGUCCUCUCGCUGGUGCGGCAAUCGCUGGAUGUUUCUAUCGAUUUAUUUGGGCACAUUCUGAUCGACGAAUUCCACGACGUAUAAAAUAA